AUCAACUGUUGAUAACGACGUGCACAUUGAAAUUCCGGGCUACCGCUGUGACAUAAGGACGUGUUCGAGCCUGUCGAAUAUCAGUGACGUUGGAGAAUUCGCCUAGCCUAUCAUUCUGGAUCUAUCAUUGAAAGAGAGAAAGGAAAAGUAGCGCUCAUGUGUCACCACAUCAGCUGUUAUCCAGUAUUGUCGAUAUGCUGCGAACUCUCAUUAUCAGACAAGUGUGUCAAACAUCAAAAGUCAAGAAAGCAUUUCUGCGAUCUGACCUAAUUAUCGCGAGAGAAAAGGUCGCAAUAACAUCCCUUCAUAUACCACAGAUAGAUAUCUUCAGUGACUACGUUCAACGGUACAACAUUCAACGAUCAACAAUCAGUGAUUAUUAAUAUGUACUACAAGAUUAAAUUUAGGCCAAUUACGAUAACGAAUUACUCAACCGUUACGUCUACUGAAUACACCUUAUCUAUCGCGCGGACAGUGUAACGGUAGAAGCCUUGUUGGAUGUAGAGCGAGAAGUGUGUGUAACGGUGAGCAGUUCUCGUUCGUCUCGAGGAGUCCAGUCCUUAACUUCGCAUUCGAGUGCGCGCGGUGCCAACCGGUUUCACGACCGCUACAUUCCCAGUCGUCGACCUGCGCAUUGAAACAGCAUUAGUUUUUCAUCACCAAAUUCGUGUGGAACAUGUUACUCGGGUUGCUCUCGAUUUGCAUUCUCGGUGGCGUUGUUUAUUGUGCGUUUCGCAAGACAUGGCGUGCCGCCGGUACAUACUUACUCUACGAGAUCAAAUACAACAUCCUGGGUAUGCUAGCGAUUAUACACGACCUAUGGAAUGCUAAAUACAAUAAAAUCGAUUUGCCUUCUACGCCGGGUAAAGUUGCGAUCGUAACUGGCGGUUCUAGGGGGAUAGGAGCAAUAGUGGUCAAGAAGCUUUUACAAUGUGACAUGGAAGUUAUAAUCGCUUGUAGGACAAUUAUCGCCGGAGAAAAAACCAUCCUUCAGAUUAGAAAGUCUGGAGUUACUAAUGGACAGGCGAAAGUUUAUGAGCUUGAUAAUUCCUCUCUUGAAUCGGUAAGGGAAUUCGCAGAGAGAAUAAAAAAGGAGUAUGACAAAGUUCACAUACUGAUCAACAAUGCUGGUGUCAUGUUCGUCCCAUAUCACGAAACAAAAGAUGGAUUUGAGGAACAAUGGGCCGUAAAUUAUUUAUCACAUUUCUUGUUAACAUCGCUUCUGUUACCGUUAUUGGAAACUGGCGGGCGACCUGAUGAUUGCAGUAGAAUAAUCAAUGUUACUUCUUGCGCUUAUAUGCUUGGAGAUGCAAAUUUCAACGACAUCAAUUGCAAGGGCAACUUGACGCAAGCAGUUUAUGCAAACAGUAAGUUAGCGCAACUAAUUUUCACGGCCACGUUACAAAAACUUUUAAUGAAUAGAUCGUUGAACAUACGGAUAUAUUCUGUACAUCCAGGUAUCGUGAAAACAGAUUUAUUCAACAACAGCUAUGUAAGCAAAGUUAAGUUGCUUAUGAUUGGAUUUAAGACACCUGAACAAGGAGCUAUUCCAAUAGUGUAUACAGCAGUAAAUAAAGACAUUGAAAAGAAAGGUGUCUUAUAUAUUAGUAACUGCAGAGAAAAUGCUGUACUUCCGGUGGUACUGGAUACUAAAAUACAACAACAAUUGUUCAAUUUAUCCUUAAAACAAGCACAAUUAAAUGAUUUUUUCCAAUAUUUGUAAUCAAAGUAUAAAUAUUAAAUCAUAAUUGUAUUUAUACCCUACUAGAUAUACAUUUUUAGUUAAGAACGAUUUCCUUUUUUUUUAUUUAUGAUUUGUGAUGAAUAAAAAAAAAGUGAUCUUACAUUACAUUGAGUAUAAAUAUGUAGUUGUUAUUGUUGCAAUGUGUUUACAUGAGAUGGCUUAUAUUAAAUCUAUACAUAUUUUUUCAUGAUGCUAUUUGACGUAAUAAUAAUAGCAAUAAUAAUAAUAGCAGCAUUCUGUAUUUCCAUAUAAAAAGAAUUGAUAUGUUUUUA